CUUAUUUUCUGUUGCACCGCCAGGAAGCAGCACGUGUCAAAAUGUACAAGGAGCAGGUGUAUUGGGACUCGCGGUAUCAGGAGGAACAGGAAGACACCGGUGGUCAUGAAUGGUUCGGGAGUUACAGUGACUUCAGCUGUUUGGUCCGGAAAGAGCUGCGGCCCGGUAGCAGUGGGCUAGUGCUGGGAUGUGGUACUAGCUCACUGAGUGUGGACCUGCAUGCGGAGGGAGUGAGCCCAGUUGUUAGCAUUGAUUACUCACCAGUAUGCAUCGCAGAGAUGGCACAGAGACACGCAGGGCGUGCAGGCAUGAGCUGGCUGGUCAUGGAUGCUAGAGAGCUUCAAUUCCCAGAUGGCAGUUUUGAUCUAGUCAUUGAGAAGGGCACGUUGGAUGCAAUGAUGGUGGAUGAAAAGGACCCCUGGAGCGUGAGCCCACAGACUAUCACCCUGGUAGAUCAAGUUCUGAGUGAGGUCAGUCGAGUGCUUUCCCCCGAUGGCAUCUUCAUUUCUGUAACAUUCUCUCAACCUCAUUUCCGUGGACGUCACUAUGCGCAGCCACAAUAUGGUUGGUCAGUGUCAUGUAACACAUAUGGUGUUGACUUCCAUUAUUUUCUUUACACAAUGAGAAAGGGAGAAGAACUUAGUCCUCGUGAUCGUGAGAGUGGACGAAGUCUUCAUGAGCCACACGUCCAGCCAGAGCUAUUGCCAACACUCUCUGACAGUGAUAAUGAGGACUUUCUCACAAACAUAUGUGUAUGAUCACUUUCUAACUUAUUAGAGAUUCAGCCACUAAGGAUGCCAAAAAAAUGCCCAAGACCAGGAGAGUAAAUCUCCUCUUCAAUAUUGUGUUCCAUUAUAUAUAUAUGCUGAGUUUUAAUAUGGCCGUAAUAAAGUUUGUUUUUUUGUUAA